AUAAUUCGUCGUUGAAUCAACCAUCUCAUCUCAGUAUCGUAUAUUUCAAUCUAGGUCUUUCAAUAAAAUUCUUUAUACUAUCAGUGUAACAACGGAUGUCAAGGAUAGUAGCGGAAAAUAUGUUACAAGGGGGAGAAAGUGUACAAUUUUAUGAUCAAAGAGUACAACAAGCCAUGGAGAUGUCACAAGCCAGCGCGUACUCUUCACCCACCCUAGGCCAAAUGCUAAAGCGCGUGGGAGACGUGAGAAAAGAAGUCACCGGCGACGAAACUCCGGUGCACCGGAUUCUCGAUAUGAGUGAUACUCAAAGCAUAUCAUCUCACUCUCUUCCUUUUGUACUCUCCUUCAACAACCUCACCUACAGCGUAAAAGUUCGCCGGAAAAUGUCUUUCCCGGCGAUACUCCGGCAACCGGCCACCGGAGUUUCCACCGGUGAUCCCGUCGCCGGAGAAAACUUGUUCUCGAACACAAAAUUCCUCCUGAACAAUAUCUCCGGUGAGGCACGGGACGGCGAGAUAGUCGCCGUCCUAGGUGCAUCAGGGUCGGGGAAAUCGACCCUGAUUGAUGCCCUCGCGAAUAGGAUCGCGAAGGAGAGUUUAAAAGGAACGAUAACGUUGAACGGAGAGCCACUUGAUUCGAGAUUGUUGAAAGUAAUCUCAGCAUAUGUAAUGCAAGAUGAUCUUUUAUAUCCAAUGUUGACAGUUGAAGAAACGUUAAUGUUUGCAGCUGAAUUCAGAUUGCCACGUACUUUGUCAAAAUCAAAAAAGAAAAUGAGAGUUCAAGCUUUGAUUGAUCAAUUAGGACUACGAAAUGCUGCAAAAACAAUCAUUGGUGAUGAGGGUCAUCGUGGAGUGUCUGGUGGUGAAAGACGACGAGUUUCGAUUGGAAUUGACAUUAUUCAUGACCCUAUCAUAUUGUUUUUAGACGAACCAACUUCAGGUCUUGAUUCGACUAGUGCAUACAUGGUGGUGAAGGUUCUUCAACGAAUUGCUCAAAGUGGAAGUAUUGUGAUCAUGUCAAUUCAUCAGCCAAGUUAUCGAAUUCUCGGGUUAUUGGAUCGGAUGCUCUUCUUGUCCCGUGGUCAAACGGUUUAUAGUGGAUCACCUAUGAACCUCCCACAUUUUUUUGCUGAUUUUGGUCACCCAAUUCCAGAUAGUGAAAAUCGAACAGAGUUUGCUCUGGAUCUGAUUCGAGAACUAGAAGGGUCCCCAGGAGGGACAAAAAGUUUGGUUGAGUUCAACAAAACAUGGGAAAAUACUAAAAGGAGUAAUGAAAAUCCUGGAACCCUAACACCUACUCAUGGAUUGUCAUUGAAAGAAGCGAUUAGCGCGAGUAUUUCAAGAGGGAAGUUGGUUUCAGGGACAACGAGUGAUAUUCAUACAAGUCCAGCAUCAAUGGUUCCAACUUACGCGAAUCCAUUUUGGAUUGAAAUGGUUGUCUUGUCCAAGAGGUCAUUUACGAAUUCUUGGAGGGUGCCAGAGUUGUUUGGUAUCCGUCUAGGGGCAAUCGUGGUAACGGGGUUCAUCCUAGCUACCAUGUUUUGGCAACUUGAUGAUUCCCCUAAAGGGGUUCAAGAAAGGCUUGGUUUCUUUGCAUUUGCUAUGUCAACAACUUUCUAUACUUGCGCGGACGCGUUGCCUGUGUUCCUCCAAGAGAGGUACAUUUUCAUGAGGGAGACAGCUUAUAAUGCUUAUAGGAGAUCUUCCUAUUGUCUAUCGCAUGCUAUAGUUUCUUUGCCAGCAUUGAUCUUUCUUAGCUUUGCAUUUGCUGCUAUAACUUUUUGGGCUGUAGGCCUUGUAGGUGGAUUUUCGGGCUUUUUGUUCUAUUUCGCGAUAAUACUAGCCUCCUUCUGGGCUGGGAAUUCAUUUGUCACGUUCCUCUCCGGUGUAGUUCCUAGUGUCAUGUUAGGUUACACCAUUGUGGUCGCGAUCCUAGCCUAUUUCCUCCUCUUCUCAGGAUUCUUCAUCAAUCGCGAUAGGAUUCCACCUUAUUGGAUAUGGUUUCACUACCUAUCUCUGGUGAAAUAUCCUUAUGAAGCUGUGUUACAAAAUGAAUUUGAUGAUGCAACAAAGUGUUUUGUCAAAGGGAUUCAAUUGUUUGAUAAUUCACCACUUGGAAAUGUGCCUAAUGCAUUGAAGGAAAAAUUGUUGAGUACAAUGAGUAACACAUUAAAUGUCCAAAUUACAAGUUCAACAUGUGUGACUACUGGGGCUGAUAUAUUGGUUCAACAAGGGAUUACUGAUUUAAGUAAGUGGAAUUGUUUGUGGAUUACUAUUGCAUGGGGGUUUUUCUUUAGGGUUUUGUUUUACUUUUGCUUGUUGCUUGGAAGUAAGAACAAGAGAAGGUGAUGAAACUACUACUCGAUUGGGAGUACUCUAUCAGAGGUGAAUCCAGAUUUUGAAUACAAAUAGAGUGAUCAGUCAGAAGUGAAUCUAGAAUUUGAAUACAGAUCAAGAUACAUAUGAUGGAUUCAUCUUCGCGAGUGCUAAGGGUUGUGUUUGAAUUGUAAACAAGGAUGUUUGUUUGUUUUUUAUUUUUAUUUUUUUGAAGAAACGAUGUGUUUUUUUUCUUCAUGUUUUUAUAUUUACUUGAAGUACGUGCUCUUUUAUUGUAAUAGAAUAAAUGUAAUAUUUUUUGACAGUCUAAUGAAUUG